CUAUAAUUUCUGUCCAAACACGGCGUGAGAGCUUAUUGAAGUAUGCUCAUUCUUUGAUAUGAGAGCGGUCUGCGAAUCAUGUCAUCGCUCAAGACAGGUUCACAAGUGCGCCCAGCAUGCCGUCACUGGCGGAAAGCAAGAGGGAGGUGAAAGCCAGCUUGGACAGUCUUGGUGACAAUAUCGACCAUGACGCUAUCCUCGCCAGUCUACAGGACGAGAUUGACAUGCACAAUGAUGGCCGUUCGGACACUUCACGAUCGAAAGCGCAGUGUUCAGAACGCAAACGUCGCCGUUCGAGAGAGCAUGAGGAUAUGUCGCGUGCAAGGGGACAGUUUCGCUUCAAAUCGGGUGUCUCUGAUCCUGGCCGACGUCACCGUCAUGAGUCUCGCUCUAAGCGACACAGGGCAUCGCGGCAUUCUGACCGUGACAAACAAGCUCGCAGCUACAGCGAUGCAGGCUCCGGAGAUCAGGGCGAAGGCUCCCAUCCAUUUCCACGUGAACCGACCGAACCUCAUCCUUCAGCGUCCAACGACUCUACCACAGCGUUUCGAGAGUCACUCUUCGAUGCGCUUGCAGACGACGAAGGUGCGGCAUAUUGGGAGGGUGUCUACAAUCAACCAAUACACAUCUAUCCCCGUCCGAUGGUGGAGACGCCCAAGGGUGAAUUGGAGGAGAUGAACGAUGAGCAGUACGCAGCGUACGUGCAGACCAAGAUGUGGGAAAAGAAGAAUCCGCAUAUCGUCAAGGAGAGGGAAAGAACCGAGAAAAGGCGAAAGGAGGAAGAAGAGGACACUGCAAGGCGAAGAGAGGAGUACGUUCGGCGGAAACAGCGGGCUGCCUGGGAGCGUGCACAAGAAGAGGGAGGAAGGAGAUUUGCUGGAGUCGAGGACGAUAACACUCGCGACUAUGAGUAUGUCUUUGACUUUGAGGAUCGCAAAGGCAGUGCUUCGAAAAGAUCUACUCCAGUAGAUGGCGGCUCGAAGGAGUUCCUUCAAGCUUGGUCAAAGUAUCUAGCUGCAUGGGAGGAACUCAAGACAAACAUCGCCAACGGCACAGAAUCUGCGACAGACAACGCGUCCAAGCCCUCUGUGGCAGGUCGAAUUCCAUGGCCAGUGCUUCCGUCGAAGCCAGCCAUCAAGCGCAACAUCGAGCCCUUUUUCGAGCAUAUGCCUGUGCCAGCAGACGGAGAUCGCACGCGUUUACAGUUACUCAAGGCAGAACGAGUGCGCUGGCAUCCGGACAAAAUUCAACAUCGCUUUGGUGGAAACGUCGAUGAGGGUACUAUGAAGAUUGUCACAGGCAUCUUUCAGAUCGUGGAUGAUAUGGUGGAACAACAGCGCAAGCGCGAAGCUCGAUGAUGCUGAAACCCCUCAUGCUUCCUGCAAUGCCUCUGGCUUUGGGUUCGUGUUGUAUCGAUCUGGGUAAGAGUGGUGAACGUCCACUAUUCACGAUUGCUUUUGCUCGGAUAGGGUCGGAUUAGGGUUAAGCUAUCGGCAUGCAUGGAAAAAAUUACGACGGAAGCAAGACAUGGUUGAACAGGAUAGCUAGCACUAGCUAGUGAUAAAUUUACUGGUCCCGAUCUCGCUUCGUCUGUCGACAAAUUCUGAGAUCCUUAUUGGUGCUCAACACAAGUUGAGAAUACACCUGAGGAGUGUUCAAAUCAUCAUUCGAAGAACCGGUACCACUUCAACGAAAUAUCCAAC